AUGGCUUCAGCAGCAAAGUUCCUACGAGAGUACAAGCUCGUCGUUGUCGGAGGCGGUGGUGUCGGCAAGUCUUGCCUGACCAUUCAGUUGAUUCAGGCCCAUUUCGUCGACGAGUAUGAUCCAACAAUUGAAGAUUCAUACCGCAAGCAGUGCAAUAUUGACGAUGAGACCGCCCUGCUCGAUGUUCUCGAUACCGCCGGUCAAGAAGAGUACAGCGCCAUGCGCGAACAGUACAUGAGGACAGGAGAAGGUUUUCUGCUCGUCUACUCCAUCACUUCGCGACAGAGCUUUGAGGAAAUCACUGUUUUCCAGCAGCAGAUUCUGAGAGUCAAGGACAAGGACAGCUUCCCCAUGGUCGUUGUUGGAAACAAGUGCGAUUUGGAGGGUGAGCGUGAGGUCACUAGGCAAGAGGGAGAGGCACUGGCCCGUUCAUUCGGCUGCAAAUUCAUCGAGACCUCGGCCAAGUCCCGCCUGAAUGUCGAGAAGGCAUUCUACGAUAUCGUCCGCGAAAUCCGCAGAUACAACCGUGAGCUGCAAGGAUACUCUCCUGGCGUCAACGGCGGCAGCUCCGGACCUGGCGGACCCUCAAAGCCGAUAGACAUGGACGGCGAGGAGCGAGAGGCUGGAUGCUGCUCCAAGUGUGUCUUGAUGUAA